AUGAAAGAAGUUUAUGGUAACGAUGUACCAUCAUACAACGAUGUCAAGCACUGGCUUCGCCAGUUCAGUUGUGCUUGGACAUUGGUAGAAACUGCUCCUAUCCCUGGACGACCACGCUCUGCCCUUAAUGACGACACCACCCAUAAAGUUGAAGCUGCCAUUUUGGAGGAUCGCCGCAUUCGACAACUAACCCAAGAAGUGAAGAUAAGUGUAAGGUCUGUGGAAAAAAUCAUUCACGACGAUUUGGCCGUGCGAAAGUUGUCUGCACGAUGGAUUCUCCGGAUGCUCACAUCUUUUCAGAAGCAGGAAUGA